GAUGCCGCUGGUGGUGCUGUGCGGGCUGCGGGGCAGCGGCAAGAGCCGCCGCGCCGCCGAGCUGCGGGCGGCGCUGGGCGCGCCCGAGCGGGCGGCGCACGUCGUGGCCGAGGCGGAGGGCGGGCGGGCGGCGCUGCUGGCCGAGGUGGAGCGGCGGCUCGGGCGGCGGGACGUGGUGAUCGCGGACGCGGGCAACGAGCUGCGCAGCGUGCGCUACGAGCUGUACUGCGCGGCGCGGCAGGCGGGCACGGCGCGCUGCGUGCUGCACUGCGCCGGCGGCGCCGCCGGCCCCGCCGACCCGCCCUUCGAGGCCCCCGACCCGAGCAACCGCUGGGACCGGCCGCUCUUCACGGUGGGCGCCGAGGAGCCGCUGCCGCUGGCCGCCAUCCGCGCCGCCCUCUUCGAGGGCCGCCCGCCGCCCCCGCACCGCGCCACGCGCGCCCAGCCGCUGCAGUCGGCCGACUUCCUGCACCGCCUCGACCGCGUCACGCAGGAGGUGCUGGCCGCCGUCGCGGCGGCGCAGCGCGGCGGCGCCCAGCCCGGGCAGCUCGUGUGCGUGCCCGGCGCCGCCGAGGGGCUGGUGCUGAGCCGGCCCCUCGGCAUGGCCGAGCUGAGCCGCCUGCGGCGGCAGUUCAUCAGCUACGCCAAGAUGCAGCCCAGCGACGAGAACAUGGCUCAGCUGGCCAGCAUGUUCCUGCAGUACCUGAGCCGCAGCAUCCAGUGAGGCCCGCGACGGGGCCCCGGGCGCGUCCGAGGUUGCUGCAAGGUUGUGCUCCGCUGUUGCCUUCCACCCGCUGGCCCCGAGGAGCCUGUGUCCUGCCGCUCCCAGAGGAGAUUGGCAACUGCAGCUGGGGGAAGAUGAGUCGCGUGUUCCUGCAGCAGCCAAACAAGCUGUGCCAGGAAGAGGAGCAGCGGAGGUGCCACCCCCACGUUCUCCCCAUCUGCUGAAAAGGAGAUCUUGAGCAAGAGAACAGCCUCCUGCGGAGACCUAGGCCCCCAAACAUAGCGUGCGAACCUGAAAGCCCAAAGGUGAUGGCUGUGGCAGAACCUUCUCCCCUCCCCAUUGGCCUGCGUCUUGAAGACGACGACUAGUUUUCCAAGGCGCUCUCUAAUACGUCAGGCUGCAGGAGAGGCUUCUGUUCCAGGACUGGUGCAUGCAGUAUUUUUAGGAUGCAGCUGUUUCAAAAAAUCCUACCGAACCCACGAGGUAGACUUGCAAACGCUGCACAACAGAAGGAUGCUGGCUUAGCAGGCUCAAACCUCUCUUGUUUUAUUAUUAAACCUGAAACAGUGCCUUAAAUGGAGUGGAGAUUUAAUUUACUUGCAAGACUGUUCUAUUGAAACAUCUUGUGAUGGCUUUUCUUUGGAAGAUCAUUAUUAAACACAUUUAAAAACAUUAAUUGUUUAAGAAUUACUGCUCUUGUAACACAGUGACCUGAAAUAACCAUGUCUACUCUACGUUUGACUUUGAAAUUCUCCCAUAAGUCUUUACCGGCUCUGACUGAAUAGCUUACUUUCGGCCUUACUCUCAGCUUAAAUUUCAGUCUUUGCCAUAUGAGUUGUGUAGCUUAUGCGUAGUUCUUGCUUUCUGAUGGAUGAUUCAUCUAUCUUUUUUUGUAGAUGUUUUAGGGUUUUGAUCUUAACUGUACAUGUAGUGUUACCUGAGAGGAAAUGUGAAGGGAGCAGGAAGGGUUACUUAAGUGAGUUGCUUGGCUUUCGCUCUUUAUCUGAUAUACCAGCUGCCAAAUGGACCUCUGUAUUGUGGUUCAUUUAGCUGAGAAAUGACUACAAAAAUGUUUUGAUGUAUAUAAUUUCAUUUCCUAAUCAGAGCAAAGAGAAUAAAGUGGAGAAGAUGCAUUCAGUAUCUGUAAAA